UGCGCAUGUUACUGACAGCGCACUUGCGCUUCUUUCAAAUACAUGCGGUUCGCGAAAGCCAGAUGGAGCUGUCAGAGGGAGAGGGAGAAACGUGCCGGAGCUAGCCAGGAUAGCCGUGAGACUGUAAAUACUUACAUCGGGUGGCAGGACAAAGCUGCAUGUGUCGCAUUGUCCCGGACUUGACCUUUCUCCCUCGCGGCUGCCUUUACUUGAGGAGGGAGCUGAGCCCCUUUUCUCUGUAGCGCGACCCGGACACUGGCGGGGGAGCGCGAGCGCCUGCGGGGUCUGGACGCUGCUGGGGGUGGGUGGGGGAGCGCGAGCCAUCCAGCCGGACAAUAGAGGCUCGAGCCUCAGCUGGACACUCCAGGACAGCGCGAGCUGCCCAGCCGGACAAUUAGAGCAGCAGUCUCGCUAGGGCUUCAGCGUUGUUUCAUGUUUUGAUUCCCCUCCCAUCUCCAGUGUGCAACCGAGGCCAACUACCGGUCUGCCCGAUUCUUUGAAAGACAGCGCUUGAUGGAUCAACCGUUCAAGUACUUGGCACUGCUGAGAGAGCUGGGAUUCCUGGUGUUGGCACCAUCUUUAAAGCCCUGCAAUGCACCCAGUCAGGUUCUGACAGUCUGGAGCUAUCCUUCACUUCGUACCUGGCAGGAGAUACACAAGCUUGUAAGGAACUGGCUAUCUGUCUCUCUGAGACACUGCUGCUGGAACCAUUGAUCAUAAUCGUUUUAACAAUGAAGAAAAGUAGAAGCGUCCUGGCAGUGACCACAGAAGAUAAUGGCAAAGAUUCCCCAGAGUAUGGUCUUAGCAAAUCUUACACUUCUUCUGGAACCAUAAUCGGAGUGGAUUUACGAAGGGGAAGGAGACGGUUCUCUGGUAAUCUUCAAUUGCCGCCAUUGGCUUGGAGGCAGGGGGAAAGAGCAAGGACUCCAGAAAGAGAUAGCAUACCAAGGCCUACCACUUUACCAUUGCGAGCACCCCCAAAGAUAGCUAUUACACCUGUGGACCAAGAUUGUUUUGAUGUUGAGAAUGGACCUUCUCCAGGCCGGAGUCCAUUGGAUCCUCAGGUCAGCCCUGGAUCAGGACUUGUAUUGCACACUAAUUUCCCAAGCCACAACCAACGACGAGAAUCCUUUCUGUAUCGCUCAGACAGUGAUUAUGAAUUAUCACCAAAAUCUAUGUCUAGGAAUUCAUCAAUUGCAAGUGAAAUACAUGGAGAUGACUUGAUAGUUACACCAUUUGCACAGGUAUUGGCCAGCUUGCGAAGUGUAAGGAGCAAUUUCUCGGUACUAACAAACAUUCAUGGAGCAUCAAGCAAGAGAUCUCCAGCAACAAGUCAACCAACCAUUCCUAGAAUCAGCCUCACAGAAGAAUCCUACCAAAAGUUAGCCAUGGAGACUCUGGAAGAAUUAGAUUGGUGUUUGGACCAACUUGAGACUAUACAGACCUACCGGUCAGUGAGUGAGAUGGCUUCCAACAAGUUCAAGAGAAUGUUGAAUCGUGAGCUCACCCAUCUCUCAGAGAUGAGCCGGUCUGGCAACCAAGUAUCCGAGUUCAUUUCCAACACCUUUUUAGAUAAGCAGAAUGAUGUGGAGAUGCCCUCCCCUACACAGAAGGACAGAGACAAGAAGAAAAAGCAGCAACUCAUGACACAGAUCAGUGGAGUGAAAAAAUUGAAGCACAGUACUAGCCUCACACACUCCAGCAUCCCCCGAUUUGCUGUCAAAACUGACUUGGAAGACCAUCUUUCCAAGGAGUUGGAUGACCUGAAUAAGUGGGGCCUUAACAUAUUUAAAGUGGCGGAGUUUUCAAACAAUAGACCACUCACCUGCAUUAUGUACAGUAUCUUCCAGGAACGAGAUUUACUGAAGACAUUUAGGAUCCCUGUGGACACAUUUGUAACGUACAUCAUGACACUGGAGGACCACUACCAUGGGGAUGUGGCCUAUCAUAACAGCUUGCAUGCUGCUGAUGUUACACAAUCUACACACAUUCUUCUUUCUACCCCGGCAUUAGAUGCAGUGUUUACAGACCUCGAGAUUCUUGCUGCAAUUUUUGCAGCUGCAAUCCAUGAUGUGGAUCAUCCUGGUGUCUCCAAUCAAUUUUUAAUUAACACCAAUUCCGAGUUAGCACUGAUGUACAACGAUGAGUCUGUGUUAGAAAAUCACCAUCUGGCUGUGGGUUUUAAACUUCUGCAGGAAGAUUCCUGUGACAUCUUUCAAAAUCUCACCAAGAAGCAGCGGCAGAUGCUGAGAAAGAUGGUUAUUGAGAUGGUGUUGGCCACUGACAUGUCAAAGCACAUGACCUUAUUAGCAGACCUCAAGACCAUGGUGGAAACAAAAAAAGUGACGAGUUCGGGUGUUUUACUACUUGACAAUUACACAGAUAGAAUACAGGUUCUUCGUAAUAUGGUGCACUGCGCAGACUUGAGCAAUCCCACAAAAUCCCUGGAGCUGUAUCGGCAGUGGACAGAUCGAAUUAUGGAUGAAUUCUUUCACCAGGGAGACAAAGAACGGGAACGGGGCAUGGAAAUCAGUCCAAUGUGUGACAAACAUACCGCCAUAGUUGAAAAAUCCCAGGUUGGAUUCAUUGACUACAUUGCACACCCUUUGUGGGAAACAUGGGCUGAUCUUGUUCACCCUGAUGCUCAGGAUAUACUAGACACAUUGGAGGACAACAGGAAUUGGUAUCAGAGCAUGAUUCCCCAGAGCCCAUCCCCUUCCCCAGAUGAACAAGAGAAAGAAGGUCAGUAUUCCACUGAAAAAUUCCAGUUUGAGCUUACGCUGGAAGAAGAUGAAGAUUCAGAAGGGACUGCAAAAGAGGAAAUGAGUCAGGGAGAAGAGGACAGUAGUUGCCAGAGUUGUGAAACAAAGAUAUUUGUUGCACUGGAGUCAGAAAGCCAGGAGAUUGAGGUGGAAGAGACACAAGCAGACCCUGUCACUGAAGACACCUCACCUGUUGAUACGUAACAAUUCCACAAAAGUGAACAUUUAGUUAUUGUCACGUGCACAAAUGAUCUCUAGGGAAAAACCUAUGAUGUUGGUUUUAAACCCAAGGUUUUGCAAAUGAAAGCUUACCAUUCUGGUUCAGUUGAUCAAUUAACUAUGACGGCAAGAUUGGAGGGCCAAAGGUAGAUGAAACAUUUGCCAGUAUUGUGUUGAAGUAUUGGCUUAACUGCAAGCCAUGCUUAUUUGAAGCUGGUGGACAAAAGCUGUCUAAAAUUUAAUUUGGGAUGAGCAUGCAAAUGGAUGACACAAAACUGAGAGAUUUCAUACUGCAAGACACUGAAACUGUAUGACAGUCUCAACAAUAUGAACUAGCUUUUUACGUAGGAAACUGUUCUUUGUUCAGUAAAUUAUGUCUUAGGACUGUGUGCCUUUUGAAAAAUGUUUUUGUCCUUCCAAAAGUGUUUUAUUUAUUUGAACACAAUUUACUAAAAUCCUAACAAAACUUUUCUACACACAAAGAACAGUACAAGAACAAAUCCAUUUAUAAUUCUUUUGAAAAUUAAGAGAAAUUAAAACUAAGUCUUCCGGUUCCCUUCAUAGUAUGGCAAUAUAUGCUUUUGAAAAUUUAUUCUUUGGUGCAUCUUUACUUUGAAAAGUAAAAAUGGACUAACCGUCCAUAGCCUAUUUUAAAAAUAUCCCAAAAAGAUUUUCAGUCGUAUAAACAUUUUUUGUUUUAUACCUAGCUUUUUUAAAAAAAUUGUAUUUUGGGAGAUUUUGAGUACCUACUUAUUACAGACUGUCACAGUCCUGCUCAUUGGUGGAAGAAAGACAAGUUAAUAUUGGGUUAAAUUAUAUUUUUAUUAUUAAGCAAUUUGAAAACUUUAUCCCCUUGAAGUGUAAUUAAAUGGUAAAUCCAAGUCCCAAGUCACUACAUGUUCAGUCGUUGUAUACAGGUGAUAAAUUGGCUGGGUUCAGUAAGUUUGAACAUGACAUCUCACCUCUACAAUAUGAGUUUGUCUAAUUCAGACUUAUGCGUUGAAAGUUUCCCCUUUUCUGGUUCCAAAAUGAUAUGAAUUUAGCAUGAUGUCAACUGUGCCAUUGAAAGUUAUCUUCAUGUCCAGUAUUUUGGGUUUAAAUUAGCAAGUUCACACAGCAAGGUGACCUUAAUGGCUGAUUUGGGAAGUGAAAAGAUUUUCAAGAUCACAUAGGUGAGAGAUAACAGUCAUCCAUAAUGAAUAAUUAUAAAAACUGCCUUGUUCAUCAUACUUAGCUUUCAAAUUAGUUCUGAGGCAGUGGUUGAGGCUCGCUGCUGAGUCAAAUUUAAGGAUGCUUUCCUGUUUGAUACCAGAUUUAGGGAAAAUACCAGUUGCCUGAAAUGGGGUAGUGUUACAUCUCUGUGAAUUGAAAUCCCUAUUUGACAAACACAAAAAUAUGAAAUAGAAAGUAGAGAUGAUAUUGCUGUUUCUGCCUUCUGUAUCAUUGACAUUCAUUAUUUUUAUCUCUCUUCCUUAAUUAUCUACUGGAAACAUUGAGCAAUGGCAUUUAAGUGUUGCCAUGACAAUCUCCAGCUUUGCAUAAUGGAUAAAUCAUUGUGAGCUGGAACUUUCCCCGCGUAAAGAUAAGGUGUUCAUAAACAAUUUUAUAAUUUCAGUGUAACUUCUCAACUGUUGGAUUCCAGUUCAAUGAUUGACAUAAAAUGUCUUAAUUCCUUCAGAAGAGGAUUUCUUGUUUUUCUAAAUCAUGAAUGCAUGCUGGAAAAUUCAUCAUUAGUAAUACUGAUUAACUGUAGGUAUUAAUAAAGUGAAACAAAUUAUUCUUGUAAUUUUGAUCUAAUUAUCACAUUCAAUGCUGAUUAUUAUCAUGUGGAAGGGGAAAUAGAGAUUUUCAUUUUCUUUCCACUCUUCAAAAUGAAAGUCACAGAAUGGGAGCAGAUUAUAGAUGUUUGGUUGUGUACAUUUUUAUGACUGUACUUCUGAAACAGACUGAUAUUAAUGAACACUGUAUAAUUUGUGAUAGACAAAACAGAAAUUGCUGAAAGUACUCAGCAGGUCUGACAGCAUCUUUAGAGAAAGAAACAGAGCUAAAAUUCUGAUGAAAAGUCAUCAAUCUGAUUUGAUAACUCUGUUUGCCUCUUCAUAGGUGCUGCCAGACUCACCAAGCAUCUCCAACAUUUUCUGUUUUAUUCAGAGCCACAGCAUGCAUAGCCUUUUACUUCUGUGACCAUUAAUGUUAACCAUCUGUAUUCUAAAAUUCCUCUUCAAAGGGAAUCUAUUCCUCUGAAUAUUCACAUAGCUCAACGCCAUUUGUUGGCUUACCAAUGUUUCACUGUCGUUCCUUUUCCCUCUAACCACUAGCACCACUGCCCAUUGUUUCUAUUUGUGUUGCUGUUGUCUAAGAAAGUGAUGUCUGGGUGCCAGCUACAGUUUUAGAACAUGAAACAUGGCUACAAGAGUUUAUUUGGGAGGCACUAUUGAACAUUUAAGUGUAUCACGUAAGGCUAUGAGGCUAUUCACUUGAUUGCACCUACCUUUUUAAUUUAUUUAAAUGUGCUCAAUUUCAGUUUAUGUUACCAGUGUGCCAUCCUUUGUACGACGCUGCUAAUUCCAUUCUUAAAGCAUGUCCAUUUCUAUUUAGAACCAUGUAUUUAUAUCAUGUACAUAUUGUAAUGUUUAUUGUAAAUUAUUAAUUUAUGCAUUAACAUUGCCUGUAAAGUGGUGGUGUUACUGUGUAGGAAAUUCAAGGUGAGAGUUUGCUUCAUCUUGCCAUUGUUUUUUAAUUAUUGUGUAAUAUAGUAUAACCUGAACAGUAGUGAUAAAGAGACAUAUGGAACCCAGAAAUUGAAAAUAUUUGUGUCAAUUUUUUUCAGUUAUCUGAACUAGUCCACCACAGAUUACAGUCUAAAAUUAUUUAAUGUGCAACUGUGAAGCAAUGUCUGGGAUAACUGUUAGGAACUUAAAGCUGCAAAACAAAAAAAAAUUCCAGUCUGAUGUCAGUAUCUUGUAAACUGCAUAUAAGCUUUUGGUCCAAAUUGUGUUGAAAACGGUUUAGCAGAUUUGAACGUCUGCAUGAGCAAUGGGUUUAUAUGUCUGUUAAACAUUGCAAUGUUUCAGGUGACAAUUUCCUUAAUGUUUUCUCAGUCUCACACAAUGUAUGGUAUAGUAUUGUAUAUUGUGUUCAGAAACCUUUUAAAAGAUUUUUAUAUGAAGUGAUUAAACUAAAGCAUGAAUAUAUUUUAUGUUCCUUCAAUUUUAUUGAAUUUUGAAAGUUAUUAAAUAGCACCA